UCUCAUCGUUGAGCGGGCAAUCAAAAUGAGAUGAUCAAAACAAAAAUAUAACCUAAAUAUUAUAUAAAUUCAGUUUUCAGUAACUUAUAUUAAAGAUCAAAAGCAUUUCAUUCCUAAGUUACUAAUUUCUUGGAGUUGGAAUGGCAAACAAAGCAGUUCUCAACUAUCUGGCCACAACGAAUCGACCUUACAGCUCCACUGACAUAACUUUGAAUCUUCAUAAGGAGUUUGGAAAAACAGCCAUUCAGAAAGCCCUUGAUCAGUUGGCUGAAGAGGGAAAAGUGCGCGAAAAGACUUAUGGCAAACAGAAAGUCUAUGCGAUUAUAUUAGAAGACAAUUUGAACAAUGAGGAUGAAAGUAAGGAGAAGGAAGCUCUUGAUGCUGAGAUAUUGCGUCUGUCCUCAGCUUUCAAAAACGUUGAGCGCGAGACGAAACAAUCUGAAGCUGAACUGCAAGGAAUUGUCGCUCAGCCGACCAAUGAACAGGCAAAACCGAAAAUAGUUGAGAUCGAAACACGAAUCUCAGAUCUUCGUUCGAAAAUCAAAUCAGUGUCUGAGGACUGGAACGAUGAGAGCGAGAAGAGGAUGAAGGUGGUGAAGGAAGAACGGGCAAAAUAUGUCAAAGAAUACCGCAAACGGAAACGGAUGUGCAUGGAUAUCCUCAACGCCAUAAUGGAAGGUUAUCAGGGCAGUAAGAAAACUCUCAUGGAAGAGAUUGGCAUUGAAACUGAUGAGGAUGUGGCCAUGCCUCCUGUACUUCAAUAGAAGGACUACAAACACUUUUCUGAAACAACUUAUCUGAAAUAAGUGAGCAUUAAGAAUAAAAAUGUAAAAGGCUGUUAUAUCUAUUAGUUUUAUCUCUUAUCUAUAAUAAAUAGUCAUUAGUUGUAUAUGUUACAAUAUCAGAUUAUCUGUAUUGCUUAUCAACCUUCCAUUGCUUCCUCUACUUUAAUUCUAACUCUUUCUCAAACAAUCUAAUUUUCAACUUCGUGAGCAGUGGUGGAGUAGUACUGUAUUGUGUUAGAUAUCAAUUAGAUAUCAGAUAUAAUAGUAAGAUUUGAAAGUGUCACAACCAUUUCCCUAUUAAAAUAUCGGAAAAUACCUUCAAUGAACUUUUAAACCAUCAUCAAACUCUUGAAAAUUGAAACUAGAGCCUCAAAUUUUCGAUAAAUUACUUGGUAUGACACGUUUAGUUAGUGUUUUCCGAACAUUUUCACAUUCUCUUGAAAAUAAUUUCAACUGUCGCAAUCAUUUCCUUAUUAAUAUAUCGGGAAAAUAGUUUCAAUAAAUUGUUAUCAAACACUUGUAAAUUGAAACUAGAGCCUCAAAAUUUCGAUAAAUUACUUGAUCUGACAAGUUUAGUGUUUUUAUCGGAAUAUUUUCUCAUUCUCUUGAAAAUUAGUUUUAUAUAUUUAAUUACUAAUUACAGUAUUCUCCAUCAACUUAUUAAACUUCAAGAUGUAUGGAGUAAAUACUAGCCUCACGUGCCAAUAUAAUAUGUACAUUUGUCUUAAGUUAGAUUAUAUUUAUUAGGAUUUUCUGCCUAGUUAUUUAUAAAAGAUGAGUUGUCAAACUAAAUAAUUGUUCAAGUCGAAUAAAUCGAAAAAAUACCAUG